CCUGGACUCCAGAGACGGAGCUGGACCUUGGGAAGGUUGAAAAAGCUCCUUGAACAAGAAAAGGCUUACCAAGCCCGCAAAGAAAAGGAAAAUGCUAAGCGUCUCAAUAAACUAAGAGAUGAGCUUGUCAAACUCAAGUCCUUUGCACUCAUGCUGGUGGAUGAAAGACAAAUGCACAUUGAACAACUUGGCCUGCAAAGCCAGAAGGUACAGGAUCUUACUCAGAAACUGAGGGAAGAAGAAGAAAAGCUCAAAGCCAUUACUUCCAAAUCCAAAGAAGACAGACAGAAACUGCUCAAGUUAGAAGUGGACUUUGAACACAAGGCUUCUAGGUUUUCUCAAGAGCAUGAAGAGAUGAAUGCUAAAUUGGCUAACCAAGAGUCUCACAACAGGCAACUUAGACUGAAGCUGGUUGGCUUAUCUCAAAGAAUUGAGGAGCUAGAAGAGACCAAUAAAAAUCUUCAAAAGGCAGAGGAAGAACUUCAGGAAUUGAGAGAUAAAAUUGCCAAAGGGGAAUGUGGAAACUCCAGCCUCAUGGCAGAAGUGGAAAAUCUCCGAAAGCGUGUGCUGGAAAUGGAGGGUAAAGAUGAAGAGAUCACGAAAACUGAAUCCCAAUGCAGGGAACUGAGGAAGAAACUGCAAGAGGAAGAACACCAUAGUAAGGAGCUCAAACUUGAAGUUGAGAAGUUACAGAAGAGAAUGUCUGAACUAGAGAAACUGGAAGAAGCAUUUAGCAAAAGUAAAUCUGAAUGCUCCCAGCUACACUUAAAUCUGGAGAAAGAAAAGAAUUUAACUAAAGACCUGCUAAAUGAAUUGGAGGUAGUUAAAAGUCGAGUUAAAGAACUUGAGUGUUCUGAAAGUAGACUGGAAAAGGCAGAAUUGAGCCUCAAAGAUGAUCUCACAAAGCUGAAGUCAUUUACAGUGAUGCUGGUUGAUGAAAGGAAAAAUAUGAUGGAAAAAAUAAAGCAAGAAGAGAGAAAAGUGGAUGGACUCAAUAAAAAUUUUAAGGUGGAACAAGGCAAAGUUAUGGAUGUAACUGAAAAAUUAAUCGAAGAAAGUAAGAAACUUUUAAAACUGAAAUCUGAAAUGGAGGAAAAGGUGUACACUUUGACAAAGGAGAGAGAUGAGUUGAUAGGUAAACUGAAAAGUGAAGAAGAAAAAUCCUCUGAAUUAAGCUGCAGCGUUGAUUUGUUAAAGAAGAGACUUGAUGGUAUGGAAGAAGUGGAAAGAGAAAUAACAAGAGGAAGGUCUCGAAAAGGACCUGAGCUCACCUGCCCAGAAGAUAAUAAGAUUAAGGAACUAACCCUUGAAAUUGAGAGGCUGAAGAAGCGUCUCCAACAGUUGGAAGUAGUGGAAGGGGAUUUGAUGAAGACAGAGGAUGAAUAUGAUCAGUUGGAGCAGAAAUUCAGAACUGAGCAGGAUAAAGCUAACUUCCUCUCUCAGCAGUUAGAGGAGAUCAAGCACCAAAUUGCCAAGAACAAAGCAAUAGAGAAAGGGGAGGCUGUGAGCCAGGAAGCUGAGCUGAGACACCGAUUUCGAUUGGAAGAGGCUAAGAGUAGAGAUUUAAAAGCCGAGGUACAAGCUCUCAAAGAGAAAAUUCACGAGUUAAUGAACAAAGAAGAUCAGCUUUCUCAGCUCCAAGUAGAUUAUUCAGUCCUUCAACAAAGAUUUAUGGAAGAAGAAAAUAAGAACAAAAACAUGGGGCAGGAGGUCCUCAAUCUGACCAAAGAGUUGGAGCUUUCUAAGCGGUACAGCCGUGCUCUCAGACCCAGCGUGAAUGGGAGAAGAAUGGUGGAUGUGCCUGUGACAUCCACCGGGGUGCAGACAGAGGCCGUGGGCAGCGAGGCAGCUGAGGAAGAAACGCCGGCAGUAUUCAUAAGAAAAUCCUUCCAAGAAGAAAAUCACAUCAUGAGCAAUCUUCGACAGGUAGGACUGAAAAAGCCCAUGGAACGAUCCUCUGUCCUAGACAGGUAUCCUCCAGCAGCAAAUGAGCUCACUAUGAGAAAGUCAUGGAUUCCGUGGAUGAGAAAAAGGGAAAACGGCCCAUCAAUCACGCAGGAGAAAGGGCCUCGAACAAAUUCCAGUUCCGGGCACCCAGGAGAACUAGUUCUUUCACCAAAGCAGGGCCAGCCCUUGCAUAUCCGAGUGACACCAGACCACGAGAACAGUACUGCCACUUUGGAGAUAACCAGCCCCACAUCUGAAGAAUUUUUUUCUAGUACCACCGUCAUUCCUACAUUAGGGAAUCAGAAACCAAGGAUAACCAUUAUUCCAUCACCAAAUGUUAUGUCUCAAAAAACAAAAAGUGCAGAACCUACUCUUGGCCCAGAACGAGCCAUGUCCCCAGUCACAAUUACUACGUUUUCCAGAGAGAAAACCCCAGAAAGUGGAAGAGGCACGUUUGCAGACAGGCCCACGUCCCCCAUUCAGAUAAUGACAGUGUCUACUUCUGCAGCGCCAGCCGAAAUUGCAGUUUCUCCAGAAUCCCAGGAAAUGCCCAUGGGAAGGACAAUCCUCAAAGUCACCCCGGAAAAACAGACUGUUCCACCUCCAGUACGAAAAUACAAUUCCAAUGCCAAUAUCAUAACCACGGAAGACAAUAAGAUUCACAUUCACUUAGGUUCCCAGUUUAAACGAUCCCCUGGGACUUCAGCUGAAGGAGCUAGUCCAGUUAUUACUGUUCGGCCAGUCAACGUGACAGCUGAAAAGGAGAUUUCCACUGGCACUGUCCUUCGCUCUCCCAGGAACCAUCUCUCUUCACGACCUGGUGCGAGCAAAGUGACCAGCACCAUCACCAUAACACCAGUCACAACUUCAUCCACUCGAGGAACCCAGUCAGUGUCAGGACAAGAUGGGUCAUCCCAGCGGCCUACACCUACCCGCAUUCCUAUGUCAAAAGAAAGCAUCAUCAUUCACCAGUUACGUAUGAACUCCAGAUGAGAUGGUAAACCAAGCACAUACUGGGUGUGUGUACUUCCUCUGAAUCCCUGUUGAAUGGAUAUUUCUGCAGCUCUCUGUUAUUACUAAGGUCCUCCAUGCUACUGAUCACAACUGGAAAUAUCUUACUACUUCCAGUGAUUUUUUUUUUUUGAGGAUAUAAUGGAAAAGCUAAAAACAGCCUUGCUGAAAAUAUAUAGUAAGAGCAAGUGAAUUUUUGUGCCAAAAGAAAUUUCCUUUUGGGAAGCUUUCAGGUCCAUGGGCACAUACUAUGUAAUUUAUUUUUAUAAUACAUUUUGUAACAUGAUUUUUUUCCCUAAAGUGUUUCUUUUUUCAUAGUCUAUGGCACAUAUAUCUGUAGAAUACACUGUUAGUUCUUUAAAGUAUUGGUGU